CUUCGCCGGAUGGGUUCUUUGCGGUUAAAGGAGAGCCCAAACAGUGAAUCAAUCAAUGUAAUGGAGUAUAUAUAUCGAGGGACUCGCUGAAGAAGGAGUGAUCUUCACGGAGAACUACCUUCAGUAUUCCUCAACCGCAGCCAUGAAGUUCACAUCUUUCUGCUGUCUCGCAAUUGCGCCCUUGCUAUCCCUGGCUUGUCUUCUCCCCGAAGAACGAGCAGGACUGGCCCGUAUUCCAAACCGUCGUCGCCAAUCCAAUGGAGUACCAAUUGCAACCGGUGAUCGUUACAAUGGCGGUACCAUUGCCCCACGAGGAGUGGGAACGCAAUCGGUUACGCUGACCUCCAUCUUGAACGUCAACGAAAUCAACAGCGGCCUGAGGGGUCUCGCCGCCGAAUACGGUAUCGAAACCUUCACAACUCCAUAUCGAACCUUUAAUGGUGCUUCGAUCCAAGGAGGCAAAGUAGGAGGCACUGGAACGUGCAACAACGCUUACCGGGUCUACUUGAAUGCUAUGCUCCACGCCCGCGAACGUGGUGGCUCUGAUGGUCUGUUGUUCUUCAUUGGAGAUCUCCUCUAUGCGAACAAGAACAACGUUGGCUUAAACUACGGAUCCAAGUCCUACACCAAUGCUCAGGUGAAGACAGCUUUGGCCACUGGAAUUGUCUUCAUUCCACUCAGCAACCCCGACGGCGUUGCUUAUGACCAAUCUUCGAACAGCUGCUGGCGCAAAAACCGCAACACCAGGUCUGGAUCCAGCGGAUCAUCCAUUGGUGUUGACUUGAACCGAAACUUUGACAUCCUCUGGGAUCUUAACAAGUGGGCACCAAGCGCUCGUGGCGAUGUCGCUUCCUCCAGCCCCUCUUCGGAGGUCUUCCAUGGUACGUAUUCAGAGACCCCUAGCACCCUUUUACCCCGGGAACCCGACUAACUCAACUCUUUUUCCACAGGUACCGCUCCCUUUUCUGAGCCCGAGACACAGAGCAUGAAAUGGGUCUUGGACACCUACCCCAAGAUUAGAUGGUUCGUCGACAUGCACUCAUACGCCGGAGAUGUCUUGUACAGCUGGGGUACCGAGACCAACCAAGGCACCACCGCAAACAUGAACUUCUUGAACACCACAUACAACAGUGUUCGAGGUAUUGUAUCCGACACUCCUGGCCGAAAUGGCGGAUAUGGCGAGUACACUCCAGCAACCGAGAGCCAGAUCAACAUCGCUGCUGCUAGGCGUAUGAGCCAGGCUAUGAGCACUGCUAGGGGCCGAACUUACGGUGCCAUUCCAGGUGCGGAGUUGUACCCAACCUCUGGAGCAAGUGAUGACUACUCCUACUCUCGUCACUUCGCAGACCCCACCAAGAACCUUAUCCACGCUUACACUCCCGAAUUUGGCUUUGGAAACACUGCCUCCAACUGCCCAUUCUACCCAACUCAGGCUCAGCACAACAACAACUUGGCGGAGAUCGGUGCGGGCUUUAUGGAGAUAUUGUUGGCAGGUACUGAUCUUGGUCUUGGUGAUGCCGUUUCCUGCUAGGUGGUGAUUUACUAGCAUGGGGGCAUGUUUAGGAGCGCCCCUUUCAAUGUAUAUACAUG